AUGCGGCAUGGUUGGCUCCUCCCACGCUGUGCCGUCGCAAUCCAUCAUGGUGGCAUCGGCACGGUGCUCGCAGCGCUGCGAGCACAGGUGCCGCAGCUCGUUCUCCCACUCGCCUACGACCAGCCCUUCUGGGCCUCCUGCGUGAAGGAUCUCAAUGUGGGAGAUUCUGCAGACCUGGAUCAUCUUUCGGUUGUGGUGCUGGCUCGGAAGCUGCAGCGACUGCUCCGGGAUGAGGUUCGU